UGAUGUAAUGCACCAGAGCAUCGUGGGAUUUGAGGCAUGUUUUUAGUAAACGACAUUGACAGUAGAAGUGGCAGGUAAGUAUGCUUUGCUGUUAAAUAGCGGUUAUACUUUGCACAUAUAGCGUUGAUAUAGAGCAAUUUGAAUAGUUUGAGCAAUUAGUUCGCUACAUUGACUAGCUGGUAUCUGCUAUCUGCUGUACUGUAAGUGAGGACCAUUGUGUAACAUUUGUUACUUAACUAUUGAAAGCAUCAAGUUAUAGUACAUGCUGCAGAAAUAAAACAAUGUUUGAUAUCGAGACACUUAGACUGGGUUAACCUGGGUUAAAGGAAAACAGAUGUGAUUGAGUGGUCUUCACUUUGCAUUGACAGUAUAUUGACGGCAAUGAAUAUCAAUUUUAUAGUUUGACAUCCAAGAAAAUUGGGACAAGUGACCCCACCUAAUAUCAUCCCGACUUGCAAACCUGCAUACAGAUAUGUAUCAAUACAGCACUUGUGAGGCUUAAAGGUGCACUCAAUAAUUUUUUCCUCAUUAAAAAAGUUUGACUUCUAAAUACAUGAAUUGAAUUUUGCAAUAUAUGUAGGAAAUCAUGAGCACUCACAUUAAAAUGAAGACUCCAGUCAUAUCAGUAACCUUAUAAAAGUUGUUUUAUUCUACAUGGAGAGGGUCCUCAAAUGGAAGCCGCCAUGUUAGAAUCACAUGACCAGCCGAAUACUACUUGCUUAAUCUCAGUAACUGUCCUGUUAUUUGACACUUUCACUCACUGAUUUAAGUAAUCAUGGUUGACUUUGAAAACUAUAUUUUCUACAAUGGCAUCUGAAACUGAAAACUAUUGAUUUUAAAUUAUGCUGCAUCCAAGCUGCUAGGUGUCAGCGUAAAAGUUACCGAGUGCACCUUUAAACAGUUUAUGCUUAUGGCAUGUCUUUUUUAAACAGAUGGUUAUUGUUAUGAUUAUGCUUCAAAAUAACUAUGCAAUGACAUGUAAAAUGUAAAAUCUCUCAUCUGUGUAGUUAAUUUACAGAUAGGUCAGAUCCUCUUCGUCUGGGAUGCUGAGGGGAGACAAUAUGCCCAGCCCUACAGGCACUGUGAAGGCAGAGGGCAUCAUGGUGUCUGACUCUGGCAGUGCACCACCACAGGGCUGUCCGAUGCACAGAGAUGUCAGAACAAGCGCUCCUCCUUCAGAAUGUCCAAUGCAUCAGGGGUCUGCACCUGGCAAAGAUCAGCUGAAGAAAUUGCCAGAUGUACCUGCACAUCAGGAUGGGGCUUAUGAAUUUGUAGAGUGUCCUAUGAGAGCUGCCAAUGGAAUCAAAACCACAAUUUCUGACAUCAAUCCAGCAAAUAUGAUGCCACCACCUAAUCAGCAGCCUUCACCUGGUCAACCAUUUCCCCUGUCUGUUGCAAGAGAGGAGUCUACCAUCCCCCGAGCUGGAUCUGAGCAGAACUGGGUUUAUCCCUCAGAACAGAUGUUCUGGAAUGCCAUGCUGAGGAAGGGAUGGCGCUGGAACAAUGAUGACGUCAACCAAAAAGAUAUGAAAAACAUCAUCAGGAUUCACAACCAGAAUAAUGAGCAAGCUUGGCAGGAAAUCCUCAGAUGGGAGAAACUCCAUGCUAAGUUUGGUGGCAAAGCAAAAGAUUUUUCACCCAGAGCCAGGUUUCACCACUGGAUGGGGCAUGAACUACCAUUUGACAGGCAUGACUGGAUUAUUGACCGGUGUGGAAAAGAGGUCAGAUAUGUGAUAGAUUACUACGAUGGAGGUCUGGUGCCCAAGCACACCAUCCUAGAUGUACGUCCUGCCUUUGAUUCGUUAGAGGCUGUUUGGGACCGUAUGAAAGUGGCCUGGUGGCGUUGGACCUCCACAUGAAUCUCCCAAUGAGUCUUUCAUGAUCAAUAGGAGAUACAGGAACUGAGAUUUAUUGGUGAUAUAGCUUAGUCCAUGGAAGUUUUUUAAAUUUUUUUUAGAUGAUGUUAUUGGAACCAGAAUGAAGUUAAUUGUCAUUAAUUGUUAUGUGCAUAGAAAAAAACCCUCCUCCGAUGACAACUACUAAGAAUACUGUGGCACUGUUUGAUCUUACAGAUGUAUAAAACCAUUUCUCAGGAGCAAACAUACAGUAUACAGAUUUGUUUUACCUAAAAUGUUGAAAUUAGGGAUUCCUGGCAUGCAAAAUGAAAUGUACAGUGUGAUUUUUAGAUCAGUUUUUAAAUAAUGUUGAUACAUGUAUUUACCUUUUUGUUUUAGUUUCAAAUAUUCACUGUGUUAACUAUUCAGUGAUGUUGUGAUAAAUUGUAAUGAGCCUCAACUAGUUUUCUCUCUGCUUUUUAAAAACAAAUUAUCCAGUGAUGGUGUAAAUAAUCUGCUGCAAACAUUUAUUUAUUUUUUCUUCAUUUACUGUAAUUUCCUUGCAUACAUAUUUAUUUCUGCCAUAAAGUCAGUUGUUAACAGAAUAUGUUGUAAUAUUCAAAUAAUACCUGCAAAUGUAUUUUAAUAUAGCACUCAAAUGAAAGACCUCCAACACAAAAUAUCAAGACAACGUAUUAGACUUUACCUUUAAAUAAUAGAAAUGGUCAAAUAGGCUGUACAAAUUUGUGUAUUAAAUAAAUUCAAUGCA